CUCUCAGUUCCCACAGAGUAGUAGCCCGACCUGCCAAAGCUGAGCCUCCGGGGCUCUUCCUGGCCUCAACUCAGCCCUCUGUCCCUCACCCCAAUGAGAGGGGAGCUAGGUGCGGGUCUCUAAGCUGAGCGUUGAGGUCAUUUAACCAAUAAACAGACUGUGACCUCUGCACCUACGCUCUCCAUGCUGAACCAAGAUGGGGAAUGGAAAAGACGAAGAUUAUAAUUUUGUCUUCAAGGUGGUGCUGAUCGGCGAGUCAGGCGUGGGCAAGACCAAUCUGCUGUCCCGGUUCACCCGCAAUGAGUUCAGCCAUGAUAGCCGUACCACCAUCGGGGUUGAGUUCUCCACCCGCACUGUAAUGCUGGGCACCGCUGCUGUCAAGGCACAGAUCUGGGACACAGCUGGCCUGGAGCGAUACAGAGCCAUCACCUCUGCGUACUACCGAGGGGCGGUAGGGGCACUCCUGGUAUUCGACCUAACGAAGCACCAGACCUACGCUGUUGUGGAGCGCUGGUUGAAGGAGCUCUAUGACCAUGCUGAAGCCACUAUUGUUGUCAUGCUCGUGGGGAACAAAAGUGACCUCAGCCAGGCCCGGGAGGUGCCCACUGAGGAGGCCUGCAUGUUUGCUGAAAACAAUGGUCUGCUGUUCCUGGAGACCUCAGCCCUGGACUCCACCAAUGUUGAGCUAGCCUUUGAGACUGUCCUCAAAGAGAUCUUCGCAAAGGUGUCCAAGCAGAGACAGAACAGCACCCGGACCAAUGCCAUCACCCUGGGUAAUGCCCAAGCUGGACAAGAUUCUGGCCCUGGGGAGAAGAAGGCUUGCUGCAUUAACCUUUGACCUCAGCCAUGGUCAACCCCGUGUCCCUGCCUUCAGCCUUCCGGUACCCCUCCACCUCUACUGCAGGACUUCUCCCUACCCUUGAGUCCUGUUCCUAAGCACCCAGGGGCAUCAUGCCCUACCACAUGUCUCUAUCAUGUGUCCACAGCCCUCACAGGCUAGGGCCCUCAAAUAAAGCUGUUUUGUAUCAUG